AUGGUGCUGUCUCUCAUGAAUAAGGACAAGUUUCUUCACGUGGUGAAGGUCUCCAUGGAGAGCUCCCCUUACUUCCAGCUGGUGAGCUCCAGCGAUGCGUACCGUGCCGUGCCGCCGGGCGCCUCUGCCCCUGUGCGCAUCCGCUUCACCCCCAGCAAGAACAGGGAUUAUUGCCACGAGCUGGUGUGCCUCACUGCAAGGGAAAGGAUCGUUGUGCCAAUUCGGGCCAUUGGUGCCCGAGCUGUGCUGAACUUCCCUGCCCAGCUGGACUUCUCCAAGUGUCCAGUCAAGGUCAGCACCCAGCAGACUCUGCUGGUGCGCAAUGUCGGUGCCCGGGCAGCUCGGUACCAGCUGAGAACCCAGAGUCCUUUCUCCGUGGUGCCGGCCACAGGAGCUCUGGGCGCUGGUGACACCGUGCAGGUGACAGUGGCAUUUCACCCGCUGGCCAGCGGUGCCCAUUGCGGCUCCCUGGCCGUGUGCUGCAGCUCAGGUGAAGAAAGAAUCCACACAAAGCUCCAGGGAGAAGCUGUAGAUGUCAUCGUUGGGCUGAGCACAAAUUCCAUGGAGUUUGACAGGACUUUCACCACCAUGUCAAGCCACAGAACCCUGUUCAUUGAAAACAAGAGUAACAUCACAGCCCACUUCCAGUGGAAGGCUUUUGCUGCUGAGAAAGAAGAGAAUGAAGAGAAGAGGAGGCAGUGUUUGCUGCGGCCGCCCAAAGAGGUGCCCCAGGAAAACUUCCCAGAGGAGAAAGAAACAGAGAAGGUGAAGGGCUUUUGUGGAGAUCACAGUGCCCUCCUGAGCAGCAUGGACCAGGAGAAGAUGGCAAAGGUGAAACUGAUGAACCAAGGAGCUAUUGAUGCUCCCUUCACCUGUCUCCCUUCAGCCACCAACCUGGGCUUGCUCUUCAAGUUUGCCCCCGAGGAGGGCAUCAUUGCAGCAGGUGGGAGCCAGGCUGUGCAGAUCUCCUUCAGAGCCACCGUGCUGGGGAGCUUUGAGGAGGAGUUGCAGUUCAGUGUGGCUGGAUCUCCUAGGCCUGCCAUCCUGACCAUCAAGGGCAGCGUCACUGCACCCAGUUUACACUUCGACCUCGCUGAGCUCGACUUCGGGGACAUCUCCUUUGGCUUUCCCUACACGCAGCGCUGCCGCCUCACCAGCAGCUCCGCGGUGCCCCUGACGUUCCAGCUCCGCAUGUCGGACGAUGGCACGCAGCCGGCUGUGGACAGCGUGGAUCAGAUCCGCAGGGACAGCGACCCGGCCUGGAGCAAGGGAAUCCAUUUGCAUGUGGAGCCCAGGGAGUUCACCAUCAAUCCCAGCGGAGGCACCAUCCUCCCCCAGGGACACCAGGACAUCGAGGUGACCCUGUGCUCCAACACGGUGAUGGAGUUCUACCGGAGAUUGCUGGUGGACCUGGAGGGUAUUGGCAAGGGAGUGGCAGCCCUGAUCAUCACAGCCAGGUACCAGCCCUUGCCUGGCCUCCCCCAGGCACUGCCUUGCCCAGGCUGUGCUGGCUGCAGCUGCCAAGGAGAAGUGCUGCUGAAUGCCCUCAUGUUGUGCCAGCUGGACACGAGAACAGCAGUGCUUGGGCAGCAGCCUGUAGUGAAAAGCACGUUUGCUCCCAGCCCAGCACGGUCCUGGGCCCUCUUCUAAAGGCACCAGGAAUGAUAUCAUUGAUUGGCCUUGUUUUUGGUGCUUGAGGUGUGUAGAAGUCCAUCCGAAAAUCCUUCAUUUUUUGCCUCACAAUUGUCAUGAGAAAAGACUACCGAAGAGUUAAAAGUGCUGAGCCGGUUGGGAAAGAAAGUCUCCUGCUUAUCUAGUGUGUUCACAAGUGAUGCUUGCAGAUCACGCCAUGCUGUACUCGAAGAGGGCAUGCUGCCCUUUUCUGGACAAUUGAACUGGACUUUCUUCCAAACUCCUGACCUGGCUGGACUGAGCUCUGGGGUGGCUCCCCCCCGCUCCAUGAGAAGACCCCUCUUGCCUGUCUUCAACCACCGUGACAGACCAACAGAGAUGCGAAUCCCCUCAUCAAGGAACCAAGAACCCCUCUGGCACCCUAUUGACACCCCCAUGGCACCACCAUGGCACCCCCCCGGCAACCUCCUUCCAGAGACUGGGACUGUACUCCCUCCCAACUCAGGGAGGGGGAAAACUUAACGUACAUGUGAGCAUUCGGCCAUGAAAACAAUGGACUUCUCCCCUCCAUGGAAACCUAAUUUCAGUUACCUUCCCCCAACCAAGAACAGUAUAUAUAUUGGGGUUCGGCCCGACUGUCCUUUGAGAUCUCCCCAAGACGUGUACCAGCGAGUUUCGGCGGCGGGACCCCGAAGACAUCACGUCUUGGUAGCUAUACCCCAUUCCCUGACCUUCUUUCCUCCCUUUUUUUUUCCUUGUCUUACCCUUCUCUUCCCCGGAUCCCUUAACCAAACGCAUAUUUAGCUGUGGUUAUAAUCAAUAAAUUGCACCUUGUUGAUUUGUUACUGCAAAACACCUGUGCCUCUUGUUGGUUAUUUUUGCACCCAAAAAUCAUUCGUCACCCGUUUAUUUCGGGCGGACCUUCACAUAAUUGGCGUCACGGACAAGGAUUCCAGCAGCCAGUGAGAUUUUGCAGGUUUUGUGUAGUUUGUAACCUCUUAAAGACUACACACGCCGAAGCCAAAUCUCAUGCUCGAUUGAGCACACAGGCUCCGGAAUUGACACAAAAGAUUUUUUCGGUGCAAAAGCAGGGGAAAUUGUUACUGUCAUUACUGAUACUGAUUUUACCGGCACGAACACUGGCACUGAUACUUCUCCUGAUCCUGAUAUUGAUGCUGUUACUGAUAUCGAUACCGAUAUUGAUACUGUUGUUGUUGUUGUUGUAUUUGAAUUGAAUCUGAACCUGUUACUGUUGUUUUUGAGGUGAAUUUGAACCUGUUACUGUUUUUUACUGCUGUAUUUUGUGUACCUGGACAGUCUAAAAGGGAAGGGGCAGACUUGAAGUAAUUAAGCAGUGCCUUUUAGACAGAUAUUGUCCCUUCACCUACACAGGGAGCGAGGGGCGGCCCAGCGAAGGCUGAGUGGCUUUUUCCCUGUUCUAGGUUCUGGUCCCCUCACAAAGAAAACAUUUCUGUGUGUGUGUGUUCAUGUGAGUGCGUAUCUGUACUGUCUGGGAAGGAAGAGACAAAUUUGAAGCAACCUCACAGGGCCUCCCAGACUGAUUCUGUCUCUUCAACUACCCAGGGAAGCAAGGGGACAGUGGAAAGGCUGUGUGAUUUGUGUAACUUAAGUUAACUCCCUGGUGUAGCUUUGGUCCCCUCACAAAAUGACUAAAAACUUCAGUGCAAAAGGUAAAGCUGAAUUUUAUGCUCUGCUUGCUAAACACAAUGCCACACCUUUUCCGGGGGGAGAAGAAUGGGCAAACUGCAAUUGGUUUAACUUAGAAAAUGUUAUUGAUAGAAUAUCUUCUUUGCAACAUGAAACAAAAUUUAAACUGGGCAAAAAUAAAGCCAUCCUCUGCUCAGUCUUGGGUGCCUGUCUCACAGCAGCCAUAGAAACUCACUUUAAGCGAAAAAGUGAGAAAAAUGCUAUCAUAGACUCCCUCCAAAACCUAGUUUAAGUUUUGCAAAAACAAUUGGAUGAAGAAAGAAAUGUAAAUAACUUGUUACGGACUGCCCUGAGAGAGGAACAUGUUAAAAAUUCACAGAACUCUGAUUCCUCAAAAGAAACAGAGGAGAAAAAACUCCUCACACUAGUCAAAAUUGUUCUCAAACAGAAUUAACCCUGAUGAAAAAUUGCGGGAAACACUGCUGUAACAACAUAAAACCUCUAAUUAAAACAGAAUACAACUAUAUCAAUAAUGAAGAUUUUAGCCCGCACAAAACCACUAAAGAAAUCCCGUACACUGCUACUGAAUUAACAAAACUUGCAAAGCAGUACGGGCUUCUCCCCCAAAAAUCUGAAACAGAACACAUUUGUCAAGUGUCUCUCACUGGGGGACAUCAGAUUCUCUUGUCAGAACAAGGAGCCAGCGGGUGCUGGAGACAUGGGGUGUUCCCAACAACAGCAGACAGACGCAUCCCAUGGUCCCACAGCACACAGCUCAUUGGGCAGGGGAACUUAACCCCUUGGAAAGGAGAGACCUUUUGGUUGGUACCCUUGACCAACUCCUGGAAAACAUUCACAAAUCCGGCUGCCUGCAAUUGAUUCAUGAAAAGAAAUUAAUUCCUGAUUUUGAAUCUCCAAUCCAAUCACCUGUAAAGCCUGAAAUUAUGACCUCUUUAACUCAAAGGCUUCCAGGAACACUUAAACCUACAGCAAUUCUCCUUCAGAAAACCAUAGUAGCUCUGUCUCCUAUAGAAAGACCAGAUAAACUUCUUAGUAACCAGAAUGACCCUUUUGUUCCCCUUUAUGACUUGCUGAGAAAAAGAAUAAAAUGGGAUUGGACUUCUUCUCAGAAGGAAACAUUGCAAUUGCUGAUUCUUGAAGUGACAGCUCACCAAGCACUGGACCCUAUCUAUCCUACAGACCCCUUUCAGGUGGAGUGGGGAUUUGCCUCCUCACAACUUUCAGUAAACAUUUGGCAGCAGGGUCCCGAGGGUCUGACAAAGCCUGUUGGGUUUUAUUCCUGUGGUUUCAAAGAUGCUGAGAAAAGGUACACUACCUGGGAAGGGGUGUUUGUGGUUGGCUUGGCUCCCAGGAAGGUGGAGGAGAACUGGGCAAUCCAAGAAACUGGGAGCUUGGGUAGCAGCCAAAAUAAACCUGCCUCUGUGACUAAAGCAACCCCUCCUCUCUCCCCCACUUCUGCUAACAGAGAGGAACAGGACAAUGCCCAGGUUGGGGAACUGUUAACUGUUUGGAGUAUUUUCCAAAGUGAGGGACAGAAUUACUUUCUUGUCUGUAUUAACACCAAGUCCUAUGCUAUGUUUAUAUUUGGGUUGCUCCAGGCUGAUGCUUUUAAAAGAGCUACAGGAGAUAAUACUGUAAAAGCAAUGCAGGGAUGGUUUGGGAUUUUCCUAAACCCACAGGAAAUUCAAUCUGGUAAUGUUUCUCACUUUACUGUCAAAAGUGUGCAGGAUAGGGCAGAAGGUGAAAAGAUUAAAUGGACUUCUCACACCUCUUACUAUAGAUGGGGGGUAAAUGAGUGUUCCAAAAUCACUGCUUUUUGCCAGACAGCUCCAAGCACAAUUCCUUCACUACAGGGAGCAGAUGAUUUUAAGAACCCAGGGCAUUACCCUGGACAACCUGUUUUUGGUGGACCCUCUGCUGCUGUAGGGGAAGUACCACUGCUGUUCAAAACCUCUCUGGCAAUUCCAUUGUUCUAACCUUUUCUGCCUCUUCGUGGCAGAGUCUGUUGUGUUUACUUUUUCAGAAAAACUCCGAGGGACAUGAAGACCUGACAAACCAUGAUAACACUAGUGAUGAACAACAGAAAUAAUGUUUUUCCUUCCCCUUAUGGUAACACCAGGUGAUGAUAUUAUACAUUACAUGUAAAUUAAUUGAACUUGAAUAAAUUGGCUGUCACAAUUAGAGAUUUGACCAAAUUACAGCAACUACUGCAGUCAUUCUUAUUGGCUUUUGCGAACACACCAGAGACUGCUAUCAAGCAUAUUACCAAAUUGGGAAAGAGUGAAUGUGGAUGAUCACAAAUUGGUAAUUGAUGCACUUAGUGCUACACAGAACAAUGUUUCCUUAGCCCUCAGCUGUAUCCAGGCACAAUUGUAGAUGCAAUCUGUCUCUGCUGCAAUUAUAAGAGAGGGGGAGGAAGGCACAUUCCCCACAGAAAUUCGGAAAAUAAUCUGGGACAGUGCCACUGAAUUUGAAAGAGAAUUCCAAUCCUGGUGGAACCUGGUGAACUUUACCUAUGAUCCCAUUUCAAACACAGCCACUGCUUUUGUCCUAACCAUACGCAAUGCCUCUGUACAUUUGGUCUUCCCUGUUAUUGCAUUAGGAUUAAACCAUGACGGAGCUGUUCUCUAUCCUACUGAACAUAGGGGAUGGGCCCGUCAGGUCGAUGACAAAUGGCAAACUGUUAACCUGGAAACUUGUGUUGUCCAAGAACAACAAGAGUUCAUCUGUGAAAGCAAUGCAAUCAUAGAUCAAAUAUUUGUUUAGACAUAGAGCAAAAUAUCUGUCAUUUCAAGAUUGGUCCACAUGAGGAUACCCAGACAGCUCUUAUAUACAUCGGCAAUGGCUGUGCAUGCUUUAGAACCACAUGUGAUUCUGUCUUUGUAGAAGAUGUUGUAGUAGAUGCAAAGAAUCAUUCAAAUUUUUGUGCUUGUAACUUUACUAAGAUAGUAGGAUGCGAUUUCUCUUAUGAAGCUCCAGUUACUUCUCACCACCUACUGCAAUCCAACUACACGCUGAUCCAGAAGCUGAUGCCCACUCCUAUUAGAAUGAACCUCAACCUCGUGAGACAACUAUUGCUCCAUCAAGACCUGAUUGACAUCCUCGAGAAAAUCAAGGAGGGAGGACAGAAGACCCUGGUGACUGUUCAUCACAACGUGAGACAAAUACACCGGGUUAUGGAGAGGGUAAAGCAAGAGGCUGAGCAUAGGUGGUGGGAUACUCUCUUUGGGUGGUCACCUACUGCCACAGGUGUUCUGAACAGUGUGUGCCAUCCAAUUGUUGUUCUUUUGAUCCUAGUUACGCUUGGCUUUAUCUUGUCAGCAGCCCUAUUCAUUUUGAAUUGGAGAAUGAUGAAAAAGCUUAAGAGACUGUCAGCUGUAGUCAAUGCACACCGCUUAGCUGAUGUACUCAAUACAAUAGAUGUCCCCAAAACACUUGAUACGAAACAGUUAUGAAUCAAGCAUAUGUGCUUUAGAACAACUUCUUAAAUAUCAAGUAUGAUUUGCAGAAAGUUACUUUAAUUUUUGGAAAAUAAUUUUAAAAGACGAUGAUAUUAUUAUGAUUUGUUUGUUGUUUUGAUUAUUUGUGAUUUGUUUUAAUCAUUUUGAAAUUGUUAAACAAAUGAUAUUGCUUUCAGUGAUGAAUAUUUUUUGAAAUUGUUAAAAUUAAUCAUAAUUUUUUGAAAUCGUUAUAAAAAAUAACCACGUGUGAAGUUGUUAUGAUGAUCAAUAAUAAUUAUGUUUAUGUUUGUUGGUUCCCCUUUUCCCUUUUUCUUUUCCUUCUCUUCCCCUUUUAUCCCCUCUCUCCCGUCAUCCCUACUUUUCCGGGGUCAUGCUACCAACGUGCAACAAGUUUCGAAGACACUCUAGAGCUCUGCUGAUGAAGAUUCCUCAAGACAAUCGUGAGUCACGGGGUCGUGUAGAAGUCCAUCCGAAAAUUCUUCAUUUUUUGCCUCACAAUUGUCAUGAGAAAAGACUACCAAAGAGUUAAAAGUGCUGAGCCGGUUGGGAAAGAAAGUCUCCUGCUUAUCUAGUGUGUUCACAAGUGAUGUUUGCAGAACACGCCAUGCUGUACUCGAAGGGGGCAUGCUGCCCUUUUCUGGACAAUUGAACUGGACUUUCUUCCAAACUCCUGACCUGGCUGGACUGAGCUCUGGGGUGGCUCCCCCCCGCUCCAUGAGAAGACCCCUCUUGCCUGUCUUCAACCACCGUGACAGACCAACAGAGGUGCGAAUCCCCUCAUCAAGGAACCAAGAACCCCUCUGGCACCCUAUUGACACCCCCAUGGCACCCCCAUGGCACCCCUCUGGCAAUCUCCUUCCAGAGACUGGGACUGUACUCCCUCCCAACUCAGGGAGGGGGAAAACUUAACGUACCUGUGAGCAUUCGGCCAUGAAAACAAUGGACUUCUCCCCUCCAUGGAAACCUAAUUUCAGUUACCUUCCCCGAACCAAGAACAGUAUAUAUAUUGGGGUUCGGCCCGACUGUCCUUUGAGAACUCCCCAAGACGUGUACCAGUGAGUUUCGGCGGCGGGAUCCCGAAGACAUCACGUCUUGGUAGCUAUACCCCAUUCCCUGACCUUCUUUCCUCCCUUUUUUUUUCCUUGUCCUACCCUUCUCUUCCCCGGAUCCCUUAACCAAAUGCAUAUUUAACUGUGGUUAUAAUCAAUAAAUUGCACCUUGUUGAUUUGUUACUGCAAAA